AACCGCCCCCUCUUCAGGUCCGAUCCAGUCUGUCACUCAUGACCAGCCUGUUGCUCGUCAAAGCGAGGAGACGAUCACCGUCAGGAUCAAGCAGGAAAAUGCCGAGCGCGAGGAUCUGAGUGUGGGUGCUAUCGAGAGUGUCGCUGAUGGUCCGGCCACAGCGUCGAAAGCUUCCUCGAAAUCUAAAUCAAACCCCCAAUUGAAGACUUCUAAAGAGAUGGAGCCUGUCACACAUUCGGAAUCUUCUUCAGAAUCUGACACAGAGUCUUCUGAUUCCGAGGGAGAUCCUUCUUCAGAGUCAAAGUCCGACACAGAAUCCUCCGACUCCGAAGACGAGUCAAGCUCUGCAAAGGCUUCUACGAAGUUGAAAUAUACUAAGCAGCCAGAACCUUCGUCAGGCUCAGACUCGGAAUCUACUACUGAUUCUGGAUCUUCUACAGAAUCUUCUGAUUCUGGAGACGAUUCUGCAGCUCUCUCUCCGCAGGACCUGAGUAAUUCGGCCACGCCCAUCACCGAACUACUCUGUGCUGGGCGCUGGGAGACGCAGAGCGGACCCAUGACUGCAUAUGUCUCACUCCUGCGCCGUGCCAACGACCACUCGAAGUUGAAACAAUACCUCGUAGCAUUAUGCAAGACGAAAGACCUCACGGCACAUGUUCUGAGAGAGAAGCUCACCAGUAUACGACAAUUGAUGCGCAAACACGUUAAAUCUGGCCUCCGGUCCAUCGUCAUCGCCAAUCUGCCCUGUUUCCCGGAGCUCAUCCAGUGCCCCUUUGUCUUCCUGACUAUGGUUCCUGAUACGACCCCCUGCCUCGACCUACUUUGCCGCGGCGGUCCCAAGCUGAAAGAUGGAAAUUUCGAUUGUGUAGCGCACGGAAUUGUCCAGACACUGCAGCGCAAGAGUGAUUCUAAGUCUGGAAUUUUCAAAUUACACAAUGGGUACCGUAGGUACACCCUCAGUCUUUGCUUCGAAGACGAGAUUGUGGCCGUUGUGAGGCGAUGCAGCAAACUUCACACGCAGAGUAGCGCCAUUGAGACUAGACUGCGUCCGCUGGUCCUUAUGAACAGAUCUUUCUUCCCGGAGCUCAAGGGGACGGUACUGGUGCGUACGUGGGAGAAUCUUACGGGGCUGAAGUGGUGAUGGAUGCGAGGGUACGACAUUAUACGGAAAAGACAUAGAAAUCAAUGUUUCUAAGUAAAACCACGGUCUUCUCCUCAUUGAACUAUGUCUUUCGCUCGUAGAGCUCGAGGCAUUCUUGUCUUGAUGCG